AGGGCGAACAUAAUCACAUAAACAUUUCUAGUCAGAUUCAGAUUGAAGCAAACAAAAAAACAGAGUUAAAAUACCCAAAUUACACCCCCAAUCCCCAAAAGCCCUAACACUCUGAAUCGCCUCUUUCUUCUUCACACACAUACAUAGAAAUCUCUCUGCUGGCCACAAUGUCAAUUCCCAAAGAAUACUAUCCGAGCCAAGAUGACCUCAUCUAUGAGGAAGAGAUUCUCCGCAACCCAUUCAGUUUGAAGCUUUGGUGGCGCUAUCUAAUCGCUCGCACUGACUCGCCGUUCGAGAAGCGCCGCCUGAUUUACGAGCGCGCCCUCAAAGCUCUCCCCGGAAGCUACAAGCUCUGGUACGCUUAUUUAAGAGAACGUCUCGAAUUGGUUCGGAACUUUCCCAUUAGUCAUUAUGAAUAUAAAUCGCUUAAUAAUACUUUUGAAAGGGCUUUAGUUACUAUGCACAAAAUGCCGAGGAUUUGGAUUAUGUAUUUGUUGACUUUGACUGAUCAGAAGUUAGUUACAGUGACUAGGCGGUGUUUCGAUAGGGCGUUGUGUGCGUUGCCUGUUACGCAGCACGAUAGGGUUUGGGAGAUUUAUUUGGUGUUUGUGAGUCAGAGAGGGGUUCCGAUUGAGACGUCGUUGAGGGUUUAUAGGAGGUAUUUGAAGUAUGAUCCCGGGCAUAUUGAGGAGUUUAUUGAGUUUUUGGUGGACUCGGAGUUGUGGCAAGAGGCGGCGGAGAGGUUGGCGGGGGUUUUGAAUGACGAUACGUUUUAUUCGAUUAAAGGGAAGACGAAGCAUAAGUUGUGGUUGGAGCUGUGUGAUUUGUUGACGCAGCAUGCCAAUGAGAUAUCGGGGUUGAAUGUGGAUGCGAUUAUUAGGGGUGGGAUUAGGAAGUUUACGGAUGAGGUUGGGAGGUUGUGGACAUCGUUGGCGGAUUAUUAUAUUAGGAGGAAGUUGUUGAUGAAGGCGAGGGAUAUUUUUGAAGAGGGGAUGACGACGGUUAUGACUGUGAGGGAUUUUAGUGUGAUUUUUGAUGCGUAUUCGCAGUUUGAAGAGAGUAUGCUUGCUUUGAAGAUGGAAGAUAUGAGUGAGAGUGAAGAAGAGGAUGGGGAAGGAUCGAUGGUUGAAGAGGAGGAUGAUGAUGAAGGGGAUCGGUUGAAUGUUGGAGAUAUUAAGUUGAAGAUUAAAAAGCUUUGGCUGUCGGAUGAUAGAGAUGUGAAUUUGGGGUUAGCUCGGUUGGAAGAUCUUAUGGAUAGGAGGCCAGAAUUAGCUAACAGUGUGCUGCUUAGGCAAAACCCUCAUAAUGUGGAACAGUGGCAUAGGAGAGUUAAGAUAUUUGAAGGGAACCCUGCUAGGCAACUGGAGACCUAUACCCAAGCUGUACGGACUAUUGAUCCAAUGAAAGCUGUGGGAAAGCCUCAUACGUUGUGGGUUGCCUUAGCUAAAUUGUUUGAGACUCACAAUGGUAUCAAUGAUGCUAGGGUGAUAUUUGAUGAGGCUGUACAAGUUGGCUACAAAGCUGUGGAUAAUUUGGCUAGUGUUUGGUGUGAAUGGGCAGAGAUGGAACUAAGACACAAGAAUUUUAAGGUAGCACUUGAGGUGAUGAGGCGGGCUACAGCUGAACCAUCAGUUGAGGUCAAACGUAGAGUGGCCGCUGAUGGCAAUGAACCCGUUCAGAUAAAGCUGCACAAGUCCCUCAGGCUUUGGACAUUCUAUGUUGACCUGGAGGAGAGCUUAGGUACCUUGGAGUCAACUCGUGCAGUGUAUGAGAGGAUAUUGGACCUAAGGAUCGCCACACCCCAAAUUAUAAUCAAUUAUGCUAUGCUCUUGGAAGACCAUAAGUACUUCGAGGAUGCUUUUAAGGUCUAUGAACGAGGCGUGAAGAUAUUUAAAUACCCACAUGUAAAGGAUAUAUGGGUGACUUAUCUUUCUAAAUUUGUUAAAAGAUACGGAAAGUCAAAGCUUGAACGAGCCAGAGAGCUAUUUGAGCAUGCUGUUGAAAUGGCUCCUGCUGAAUCAGUGAAGCCUUUGUACUUACAAUAUGCUAAGUUGGAAGAGGAUCACGGUCUAGCCAAGCGAGCUAUGAGUGUUUAUGAUCAAGCGACAAAGGCUGUUCCUGCCAGUGAAAAAUUGAGCAUGUACCAAAUAUACAUAGCUCGCGUAGCUGAAAUAUUUGGGGUACCAAAAACUAGGGAAAUAUAUGAGCAAGCAAUAGAAUCUGGGCUUCCGGACAAGGAUGCUAAAACAAUGUGUAUAAAAUAUGCUGAACUUGAGAAGAGUUUAGGAGAGAUAGAUCGCUCUCGUGGAAUAUACAAGCAUGCAUCUGAGUUCGCAGAUCCAAGAUCUGAUGCAGACUUUUGGAGCAAGUGGCAUGAAUUUGAGGUUCAACAUGGUAAUGAAGAUACUUUUAGGGAGAUGCUACGUAUCAAAAGGAGUGUUACUGCAAAGUAUAGUCAGUCGCACAUUAUUCUUCCUGAGUAUAUGAUGCAAAAGGAUCUAAAGCCUAAUUCAGAGGAAGCAAUGGACCCUCAGAAGAGAAAUGGAAUUCUUGGUGAUGAUAUGGCUGCUCUUGAGAGGCAGCUAGCACCUCCUGCAAAUGAUGCAGCUGCUAAGGAUAGCACACGGCUGCUGGGCUUUGUGAGUGCAGGAGUUGAGUCGCAGACCGAAGGUGGUCUGAAGGUUGCUGCUAAUAAAGAAGACAUUGAGCUUCCAGAUGAAAGUGACAGCGAAGACGAAGGUAAUGUUGAGAUCACCCAGAAAGAUAUUCCAGAAACAGUUUAUGGUGGUAUACGGAAAAGAUCAGCAGAAGAUGAAGACGGUGACAAGGUUAAGGAGGAGGAUGAUAAACUUGGUGCUCUUGAGCGUAUAAAAAGAAUGAAGCGAGGUGCGUAAAAUGUGGUUUGUGUAUCCAUAUUCAUUGAAUUGCUGGAAAUGAACAAAGCACGAGACUUUUGUGUUGUAUCUGGACUGCAAGAUAGAAAUGUAACGAGGCAAGUUUUUUUGACAUGCAUGUUUGUCAUCAUAUUCACAGUGCUGGAAAUGACCAAAGCAUGACGAGUGUUGGUCUGUCGCUUAACUGCAAUACAGAUGCAACCUUGUUAAUAAUUUUCCUGUUCUUCUGUUUGUCAGCGUUCUAACUUGUAAUCAAAAUUCUGCCGCACCAUCGACCUUUUAGCAAGAGAAAAAAAAAAGCAUGAUCACGCGGAAAGCCGAGAGUUGCCGAUGUGGUAAUUUUUGUAGCAAGCUUUAACUGGUUUAUAAAUUUUCUCUCAAGUAUUGGAAUGUGAUGCUUCCUGGUUGCUACUA